UCAGCGAGCUCCCGCGUCCGUCCGACACUUAGCUAGAGCUGCUCCCCAGCAGGCAGUGGAGGUGAUGAUGGCGGCGGCUGUAGAGAGAGGAGGCGUCCGGGCCGCUUUCCUGAACCCGAGCAGUGGUGGCGGUGGAGGACCAGCACCGACAAGCCUCCCGACCGGAGCGUUGGCCGGGGCUGCGGUCCUGGGCUCGGGCUCCGGCAGCAUGCCCGUACCCAUGAACCUCUUCGCGACCUGGGAGAUAGACCGAUCAUCCCCGAGCUGCGUGCCGAGGCUCUGCAGCCUCACACUGAAAAAGCUGGUCGUCCUCAAAGAACUGGAUAAAGAACUGAACUCCCUGUCUAUAGCUGUCAAAAUACAGGGUUCUAAGCGUCUUCUGAGAUCAAACGAGUACGUCCUCCCACCCAGCGGACUGAUGGAGACGGAUCUGGAGCUCACAUUUUCACUACAGUACCCCCAUUUUCUGAAGAGGGACGCCAACAGACUGCAGAUCAUGCUGCAGAGGAGGAAACGCUACAAGAAUCGAACCAUCCUGGGUUACAAGACUUUGGCUGUGGGAGUUAUCAAUAUGGCCGAGGUGAUGCAACACCCGACAGACGGAGGACAGAUUUUGGGUCUCCAUAGCAACGUGAAAGAGGCGCCAGUGCGUGUGGCGGAGAUCAGCGUGUACUCGCUGUCCAGCCAACCCAUCGACCACGAGGACGGUAGCGGACAGGCCGGCCAAAAGACCAAAACCUCAGACCGCUCCCCAGACAUGGAUAACUAUUCUGAGGAGGACGAUGACAGCUACUCGUCAGAGCAGGAAGCCAGCGAUGACGCAGUUCACGGCCAGGAUCUUUAUGAUGAAGACGACGAGGUCAGGAAGCCCAAGAAAGCCCGGAGGAAAAUGAUCCGAACCACCUCAAUGACCAGGCAACCUAACUUCAAGCAGAAGUUUGUGGCCUUGCUCAAGAGGUUCAAGGUAACAGAUGAGGUCCUGGAUUCUGACCCGGUAGACCAGACCCAGGAGGUGGAGGAGGAUCUGGACUUACUCUACGACAGUCUGGAGGUGUACAACCAGAGCGACAGCGGGCCAGAGAUGGAGGACAACGAGAGUGUCCUGAGCACUCCUAAACCCAAACUCAAGCCGUUCUUUGAAGGCAUGUCUCACUCCAGCUCCCAGACAGAGAUUGGAAGCAUACACAGCCAAAAAAGCCAGCAGAGAGAGCUGUCAUGUCCUACUGGAGACUUUCUGACUGUGGACAGAUGUAAAGUGCAAGGCGCCCGUUAUCAAGAUGACAGCAUUGCAGACACAACCAUUGGGGAGCCAGAGACUGACGACAGCGGGCCGGGGCCAGGCGAGGUCAGCACCUGGGACGUCAACACAGAACGGAUAACCAGCACCGUUGGCAAGCUCUGCAAGACGGAGUCCCAGAACCACAUGUCUCCCAGUAAAGUGGAGAACAGGCUGCAGAGGCGUCCUCGCAGCACCUCCAUGAAAGACCGACAGAACUCCAAGGCCCAGAGCGACAGGACCAGCAGCAUGGAGAGCGAGUGCUCCCCAGACUCACGACUUAUAGCGCAGGUUCCCAGGAAAUCCGUGUAUGACCAGCUGAACCAGAUCCUCAUCUCUGAUGAACGCUUACCAGAAAGCAUCAUCCUCAUCAACACCAUGGAGUGGCAAGGACAGUAUGUAGCCGAGUUGCUCCAUGAACAGAGCCAGCCCAUUGUGUCCACCUGCUCUGCUGCAGAUGUUCAGGCUGCCUUCAACACCAUCGUUACUCGCAUCCAGAGAUUCUGUAACUGCAACGCACAGACACCACCGACCAUGAAGGUGGCGGUGGCAGGAGACCAGAGUUACCUCAGCACCAUCCUGAGGUUCUUUGUGGAGCAGCUGGCCAACAAAACACCUGACUGGCUCAGUUACAUACGCUUCCUGGUCAUCCCUAUAGGCUCUCAUCCCCUGGCCAAGUACGUGGCCUCCUUUGACAGCAGGUUCAACAGCAUCUUUAUGGACACUGCAUGGAGGGAGCUGUUCUGCAGGACGGAACGGCCCGCCUCAGAUAACAUAGAUGUAGCAGGACGGGUUGUUCAGUAUCUGGCCGGUGCCAACGUGUCCCACCAGUUCCCCAUCUCAGAAGCCAUGCUCACCUACAAACAGAAGAGCCCCGACGAGGACUCCUGUCAGAAAUUUGUGCCAUUUAUUGGGGUUGUGAAAGUUGGGAUUGUGGAGCAAAGCCUAUCAAACUCAGUGGACUCAGAUGAUGCAAUGGGGGUCAACACAAGCAUCCUGUCAUCUCCAACGCCCCCAUCGGCUGGCCCGUAUGGGAAAGAGAUAGGGGGCACCCCACCGCAGUCUCCCUCUGUGUCCACCGCCCUCUCUGGAGCUGGUUCUCCGUGUUCAGGAAGUGAAGUGAUGGGGCUCCAGGUGGAUUACUGGACGUGGCAAGGCCCAGAGAAGAAGAAAGAGGGAGAGAAGAGGGACGUGGGACUGAAGAACACCCUGAAGAGUAACUUCCGUUCACUUCAAGUCAGCCGCCUGCCCUGCGGAGGAGAGCUCACCCCUCCACCCAGCAUGGCCAUGACAGUAGUCACCAAGGAGAAGAACAAGAAAGUGAUUUUUCUCAGCAAGAAGCCCAAGGAGAAAGAGCUGGACUCUAAGAGCCAAGUGAUCGACGGCAUCAGCCGGUUGAUCUGCACAGCCAAGCACCAGCACACGAUGCUGAGAGUCACUAUCGACGGAGUGGAGUGGAACGAUGUCAAGUUUUUCCAGCUCGCUGCCCAGUGGCCAACACAUGUCAAGCACUUCCCGGUGGGAAUCUUUGGUUACACUAAGCCCGUGUGACCCCGGCCACCAUCCUCUCACCACCAACCGGACUCUCCGCUGCACUUGUCUCACCGAGAGGCUACAGAGAAUUAGAGGAAAAGCCAAACGGGCACCCUCCACCCCCUUCUGCACCCCCACACCCCUCGGCAGUAAUAGUUUUCCUGUGGAAAUCUUACUGAGUCACAACCAAGUGUUCAAUACACACAUUUCAUGUUGUCAAUUUGAUGUUUUUUGAUGUUGAUGUUGGGUGGUGGUGUUGUUUUUUUUACACACUACAAAAAGAACAAGUACUAUUUUGUAAGAUUUGUGCUACCGCCUCGGAGGUAUUUUGAGGUUUUUGACAAUUUGCCACAUUUCGAUAAUGGCAGCUGUGUUUGCACUUUGUUUUUGUUAACAUUUAUUAUUUCUGUGAAAUCCUACAUUUAUUGUUACUAUAUAGACAAUGGAGGAGUGUGAUGGUGAUGUGCAGUGGCGUGUGUGAGAUUGUUUGAGACCGUGUUUGUGUUUGUUGUUGAAAGUUGGAAUAUUGCUGUGAAUCUAGACGGAAACCUUCUCUUCUAAACUCAGCGCUAAGUUUUCUUACUCGUCCCUUUACUUUCUCGGAAAGGUAAAUUUUUAUAGCGGAGAACGUAAAAGUUCUUUUUUUCCUCGUUGCUUUGAAGCACGCUGUGCACCGAAAGCAAAUUAAAAAAGACAAAAAAAAAAAACAACACAAGUAAGGUAUUUUUGAAGGUAGCUAUAAUGAAUGUAGCUAUGACACAUUUGUAAGGAGUUCAUCCAAUCAGUUCAUUCAUUGUAAGUGCUGAAGAUUUUAUAUUGACGUUAAUGUACAGACCUGUACAGUAACAACCAUUUAGAAGCAGGGUUAACAUGACACAAAACAUUUUUCAACUCCCAGCAGCUGAAUGCCAAAUUUUUGUGUUAUUGUUUCAAGGCCCUGAUUUGUUUUUCACUACUCCUCUCCCCUCUCCCCCCCGUUCCCCAGCUAUAGUCUCCACCUGUGGUGUAAUUAGGUCUUCUGGGAGUCAUUUCAGAUUUUAACAGCAUUCGUUGUGCGUUCAACUUUGAUUCACCAGGCUUAUCUGUUAGGACGGCUCACAGACCUGAAGUUACCUAGCAAAUUCUGAAUCGCUCCAGAUGUGCAGUGAUGUGCCAAAGUCAAGUUUGUUUUACAGUCUAACCACCAGAGCUCUUGGCUUGGCCAAACUUCAUAGUAUGUUGAGCUAUAACCUGAAAUCAUACAUAUAAUGUAUUUGUGGUCCCUGUGGAGAUCAGUAUUAAGAUUACUGAACUGUUCAUUUUGGGAAAGAAAUAUGAAAAACUAUUUACUAUUGCUCUAUAUUUGGCCAAAUCUGAACACAUGAAGCAUUUAUAGUAGGUGUGCACAUUCUACUAAAGCAAUUACCGUUGUGACCUUUUUAAUACAGCUUCACUGUGGCUGGACAUGCAAGUAAAACCCAACCUAGAAUAUUACUGACAAGUUUGUCAUUCAGUAUUGUGUAGGCCUGCUAUGGCAAAAGAAAGAAUGAGUUGGUCUGACUUGAAACAUGCUUUGAGAUCCGUAUGGAGUGAAAUGCAAGUAUUGAAUAGUUUUUAAAAUAUGAUGAAAAGUGUAUGAAGUCUUGCCAGAUGUCCAAGUCACUGCCUAUGUGUGUCUGUGUAGGUGUGCUAUAUGUUUGAUGGUACUCCCUGAAUAGUGUUACGUGAAACUUUUGCAAUAGGAAAC